AUGGAAGGACCAUCCAAGUUUCUCUCUAGUUUAAUUAACGGCUACGGUCUCGGUACGAUUCCCUUUCUUAUUAGCGCCAUGAAUAUCGGGGAACCAGAGAAACCCAUUGAUCUGCCCGUUGUGUACCGUCACAGCGCAAUCGCUACGAAUGGCACCCCGAGUGGCCACUACCGAACCAAUCUAGCACGCGGUAACGUGCAGCUGGGCAAGAGCAAGAGCGCUCUUGACCUGGCCAGCAGCAAGUUCGAGUAUAACCCAAACGGUGAGAGCCCCACCAUCGAGACCACCCUUGCAUCGCUGUUCGCCAAUGGUGGUGAGGGGGCUGAAACACCGGCGGAAGAAUCGGGUGAUCCACCACCAUUACCACCCAAGCCCGUCGCUGUUACCGGGAUAUACGAGACGGAUAACGGGCGACGCACAUCGUCGAUUAAUCCUUCGUACGACAUCUCCAAAGGUAUCGCCGAAAGUGCGAUGGACAUCUCGCUCCUGACCGCCAACGCCAACCAGCUGCGGCUGCUCAUAACGUACAAUCAAGGAUCGAAAACGUACGUCGCGUGCAUCACUUUCGUGAUUCUUUCGUUGGUUUUGCAAAUGAUGGUUGCGAUCACUAUGAUCGUCGUAUCGCUAACAAAACCAGAGCGAGACGAUCCGAAGCGACAAAGAGUUAAAAUCGUUACAUCGAUCGGGGUAGCGAUCAUCACGAUGAUCAACAUCCUUGUAGCAUCGCUGGUUGUUGCCGAACAACCUCCCGAUGCUAUCGUCGCUUCAACUGCCGGCGUCGUCGGCAUGCUGACCAACAUUAACAUAACGGACACGGCCGCAGGAACCUAG